GCUACAUGCACAGUUGUAGGGCGUAAGGAAGCGGCCAUCAUUUUGGAGUCAGACGAUAGGGAAACCGAAGAAACAGUCAUUUCAGCUUCUGAUACAGAAAAUCCAAAGACAGAGCAGCAUUUUACAGCCUGUAAAGAUGCACUUGACUGCGUGUGAACCUACGGCCAUGUCCACAGCCUUAGUGAUGGACCAUCCAGGGGACGCAAGCCUCCUCCAGUCCUGUGGAACAGCAGACAGUCUCGCCUCCCUGGAAGAUGCCAUCGCCGAGUCUACAGCAAAUGAGUCAUCAGAGGAAGAAUCAGCAUGUGCCAGAGAAGAGCAAUCAAACACCAAAGCCGAACAGAGUGUGCAGGCAGAAUCCGGUGCCACCCCUCGACCCGACUCCCUGUCUUUGCCCGCUAAGGGCACAGAGUUCUGGGCCACAUGCAGGGAUGGAGAGGUGAAGCUCAGAAUGGGUGAGUCCGGCCCCGAGGCUGAACCCGCCAUGACAGUGAACCAGAUGUUCACCUCUACUGUCCAGCGCUUCGGCAACUACAACGCUCUGGGCUGGAAAGAGGGAGAGCAGUGGAAAACCAUGACCUACAGCGAGUACUACAAGUCUUGCCGCACUGCUGCCAAGAGCUUCCUCAAGCUCGGUCUGGAGCGGUACCACGGCGUCGGUAUCCUCGGGUUCAACUCAGCCGAGUGGUUUAUUGCUGACAUCGGGGCUAUUUUAGCUGGGGGUUUUGCUGUGGGCAUUUACACCACCAACUCCCCUGAGGCGUGCCAGUAUGUGGCGGAGAAUUGCCAGGCCAACAUCCUUGUGGUGGAAAACCACAAACAGCUGCAGAAGAUCUUACAGGUCCAGGACAAAUUACCGCACCUUAAAGCCAUUAUCCAGUACAAAGAUGAGCUGAAAGAGAAAAAGCCCAAUCUCUACACGUGGGCGGAGUUUAUGGAGCUGGGCCGCGAUGAGCCUGACGCUCAACUCGAUGAUAUCAUCAGCUCCCAGAAACCCAAUCAGUGCUGCACACUGAUCUACACAUCCGGAACCACAGGCCAGCCAAAGGGAGUAAUGCUUAGUCACGACAACCUGACAUGGACAGCAUUUGCAACCGGCCAAGAUGUGAGUCUUGCAGAUGCAGAUAAGUCACAGGAAGUGGUCGUGAGCUACCUUCCACUCAGCCAUAUUGCUGCACAGAUGAUUGACAUCUGGCUUCCCAUGAAAGCAGGAGGAGUUGCGUACUUUGCACAGCCUGAUGCGCUAAAGGGUACUCUGGCCAACACCCUACGUGAGAUACGCCCUACUGCGUUCAUGGGUGUCCCACGAGUGUGGGAGAAGAUGCAGGAAAAGAUGAAGUCGAUCGGAGCCAAAUCGUCCACUGUGCGCCGGAAGGUGGCGUCUUGGGCCAAAGACGUGGGCCUGCAGACAAACCUCAACAAAAUGGAGCUUAAUGGCAACCUGUCCACAAAGCCACUGAACUAUCGGUUGGCGAAGCGCCUGGUGUUCCGGAAGGUUCGGAAGGCACUGGGUCUGGAUCGCUGUACGAGGUGCUACACCGGAGCGGCUCCCAUAACCAAAGACACGCUGGAGUUUUUCCUCAGUCUGGACAUUCCUCUCUUUGAACUCUACGGCAUGAGUGAGAGCUCUGGACCGCACACCAUCUCACUGCCUGACGCCUUCAGACUCACCAGCUGUGGAAAGGUGAUUCCAGGCUGUAAGACAAAGAUCUUCAGCCCUGAUUCCGAUGGGAAUGGAGAGAUUUGUUUCUGGGGUCGUCAUGUGUUCAUGGGAUACCUGAACAUGCCUGAUAAAACAGAAGAGGCUCUAGAUACUGAUGGCUGGCUGCACUCGGGAGACCUCGGCAAACACGACCAGAACGACUUCCUGUUCAUCACUGGCCGCAUUAAAGAACUGAUCAUCACAGCUGGAGGUGAAAAUAUUCCCCCGGUGCCCAUUGAGGACGCAGUUAAAGAGGCCAUUCCACUCAUCAGCAAUGCCAUGCUUAUCGGAGACAAGAGAAAGUUCCUCUCCAUGCUGCUCACCAUUAAGUGUCAGGUAAACAGCGAAACGGGCGCUCCUGAAGAUGAACUGACCCCUGAGGCGGUGGAGCUGUGUCGCAAACUCGGCAGCAACGCCACUCGAGUCAGCGAGAUCACCGGUGGCCGUGACCGCGCCGUAAACGCAGCUAUUCAAGACUCCAUCACCCGUGUCAAUGAGAAAGCCACCUCUAACGCCCAGCGCAUCCAGAAAUGGACCGUGUUGGAUCAAGAUUUCUCUAUCCCUGGAGGAGAACUGGGGCCCACGAUGAAGCUCAAGAGGCCAGUGGUCAUGAAGAUGUACAAAGAGCAGAUUGAGAGCUUUUACAAAGAAGUCGUGACCCCAACCACCCCAGACAACCCUCUGCCUCCUAAAUAGGUGCCCAACAAAAGCCCUUGUCAUCCACUUCAGAUCCGGAGACAAAGAGACUGACAUGGUCUAACACACACAUGCUUACAUAGGAACACCACUCAGACCUUGUGUUUUGCCUCAUUUUUGAGUUAAUAUGCGUUCAGGGUUUUUUAAUUGUUAAUUUCAUACUGUUUACAUUUUUCUGUAUUACUGAAAGAAGGAAAACAUGUUUGUAACAAAGCCAUUUUUUUGUGUGUGUGGUUUACUAUUUAUUUUUCUUGCCUAAUUAUAAUGAAGUGUCUUUUGAGUCAUGUUGUUGAUUUAAUAUGUAAGUGCAGGUGAUACAGAGAUUAAUUUAUGGUUAAAUUUAUCAACAAAGUUUGAUAAAUCUUAAUAGCUAACUUGCGCAUCAGGAGUGACUGAAUUCUUUGAGAAUAGCUUUGGGCGGUAGUGCUCGUUUGUCAACGGCACUGCUGUGAACAAGUGCCACCAAAAACACUGGUUGUUUAACGGAAACUAGAUGUUUGCGGAGGAACAUCCUCAAGACUUUGCUCUGUGAAGAUUAUUUAGCAGGAACCCCAUGCCAUACAAGCCAUAAAUGUUUUUGUUUGCUCGUUUUUCAGAACCAAAUGCAUCACAUUAGUUUGAAUGUUUGUUUCACUUAUGCAGUUGGUUAAUAUUGUCGUUUAAUAUUUUGUAAAAAAAACAAUUAACCUGUUAAAUAGUGUAAAUACGUAUUGCAUUAAUUUCCUCUUCUUCUGUGGUCUUACUUAAUGCUUUGCUGUGUCAUUGUGACAAUCCUCAAAGUAGCAAAACCAUUUUCCUGCCAUUGAUAUCUGGACAGAGAGAAGCGGUGAAUAUUUAUCUUGUGAAAUACGGGGCAUGAAGGAUCUGGUGUGAGAAAUCGAUCUGUUCAGAGGUGAUCAUUUGACUUGCAGUGUUCUUUGCUUUGCAUGUGCAAUAAGGACAUUUUGACCAAAUAUGUAAUUGAUUUUAUUUAUUUUGUAUGCAUAGUAAAAUUAUUAUAAUGCAAUUUAGAAAACCAAUAUGGAUUGAUAACUAGAUUAAAUGGACUAACAUUCUAUUUAAUCAGUCAAGUGCUCGCAUAUACAAAAAUGUAACCGCAAAUUACUUAAUGCAAAUCCAAAGAUUGAUCUUACCUCUAAAUAGUUUUAUCACACUAGAGAGCUUUCCUCAAAUACUGGA